AAAAUAAAAUAAGAAACAUUAUAUGAUUCAGAAAACGCAGGCCAUAGAAGGAUUCAACCAGAAUCGUCUAGUACCUCAAUCAAGGUGAGAAUUAUUCUGAACCCUCUUUCUGCAUUUCUCUCAUCACCAGACCCCUUUUCCUUCAUUCAAUCUGAAUGCAAGAAUCCCACAACUGUUUCGCAUAAUUCAACUUCUUCAGCGUUGUUUAUGAACUCCCUCAACUUAAAGACUCUAUCUUUCUGGUCCUCUUCUAGUGCAAUCGCUUUAGGAAGGUUUCUGUUCCAUGAUGGGGAAUAGCUGCGCGAUUUUUUAUUUGGUGGGUUUCGUUAAUUUUUGAGAUUUCCUGGAAAUUGAAAAAAAAAAACCCUUGGAUUUGGGAGCUUUGGAUUGAGUAGGCUGUGUUGUGUUGUUUGAUUGUGGCACUAAAAGGGAUUCUUAGAAAUGGGGAAGCCUUUGUUUUACGAGAUCUUGGAAAAACCUGCCACAAGUUGUAUCAUAGGAUUAUGCAGCAUGAUUUGGUUCUAUAUACAGAAGAAAAAUAUUGGGUAUUCACACGUGGGUCUGAGUUAUGAGACGGCAGUGGAAGGGCAUUAUUGGAGGAUAAUUACUUCUGCUUUUUCUCAUAUUAGUGUUAUUCAUCUUGUUUUUAAUAUGAGUGCAUUAUGGAGUCUUGGAGUGGUAGAACAGCUUGGGCACUUAGGCCUUGGUGUUGAGUACUACUUGCAGUACACACUUGUGUUGCUUAUUGUAUCAGGAGUUCUGGUUUUGGCAAUGUAUCAUUUGUUGAUUCAGAGAUUCAAGCUUGAGUAUUUUCGUCGAGUGACAGCUGUUGGGUAUUCCUGUGUUGUUUUUGGGUGGAUGACAAUUCUGUCUGUAAAGCAACCAUCUUCCAAGUUGGAUCUCUUUGGGUUUCUUUCUCUCCCUAUCAGUUUUGCGCCGUUUGAAUCGCUUAUUUUCACUUCGAUCAUCGUUCCUCAGGCAAGUUUUCUUGGCCAUUUGUCAGGGAUUGUUGUUGGAUAUGCUAUAGCAUGGGGUUUGAUUCAUGGGAUGAGCAAUUACUGGGCACUCUCCUUGUUGGGAUGGAUUCUGCUUGUCUUUGUUUUUAGUUUGAAGAGAUCUGGUGCUCUUGACCUAAGCUUUCUUGAGAUCGAGUCUGUUACCGAUCCUUCCUUACCUUCUGUGCGGUUUUUGGCAUCAAGCACUGGCAGAACACUUCAGAUGAGUGCUUUGCCAAAUGGAAAUGUUGAUAUUGUCUAAUGUUGAAGUCAUACAUCUUGUGAUAUCAGAUGUUGCCUUCACACAAUCUACAUUGAUAGCAAUGCAAUUCUAAUUCUUCCAAUAUAGAAUUUGUUUAAAGAUUCAUCAAUAUCCCUUUUCAGAGUUUUCAUCUUUAGUUUUUGUGAUAAUGAUUGUUCUCUGAUGCUGUAUAUUCGUCUGUUUAAGUGAUACUGCUCGUUGCAAA